AUGAAUUUACUAUUAACUUCAUAACAUAUUACAAAGAAUAACCAGGAUAGGGUUUAAAAUAUCUUUUCAUAUUUAGGAGAAGACUAAAGGAUUAUUCUAUCAGAUUUGAAGGGAGCUUAUUUAUCAUACAUUAUUUUUAAUCCUUUAUAUUGUUUCAACUUAAAAUUGUUUAUUAAUACAUUUACUACUAAUUAAUCGAACACCUAAUAAGACAAUAAUUAUUAUAUAAUAAUAAGAUUGAUCUCACUGAUAAUUAAAGAAUAUAAAAAAUUACAAGUUUAGAAAUUAUAUCAUAACAAUAUAGCUUUAGAACACAUCUUGAUUUUCAAAUUAGAUUUUACUUCAUUUACGAACCUAAAUUUUAAUUAGGUUUAAAUAAAGUUUUAUAAAUUUUAAGACGAUUCACCUUAAAAGAGCGAAGAUCUUUAAUAAAUAUUUUCAUUAAUUUAGCAAAUAUCAGAUAGAAAUCAAAAAGUUUAAAAUGCAUUUAAAUAAAAAAAAUUACUUGAAAAAAAGAAUCUGAAAGAUUUGGAGUAAUUUUUGGAUGAAUAAACGGAGAUUUUGUAAUCUAAUAAGGAAAAACAAUAACUAUUGAUUAAUCCACUACAAUUAGAAUUUAUUGAGAAGGUUUCUUAGACAUUCGAAGAAAAGUUAAAAGAAAUUGAUAAAACAAAUUUUGUUGAGGCUUGGAUUUGGCUCUAUUAUUAUUGUUACUCUUAAGAAUUUGAAAAAAAGGAAAUUUAAUUGAUUUAAAUAAUUAGAAGAUUAAAUAUGAAUAUUGCAAUAUAUCAUGAAGCCUAUUCUUAAUUAUGUAGUGAUAUGAAUUAUGAGACAAGCUAAUUGAAUUCAUUUUAUGAAAGUUAAUUUAGAGGAAAUGCAGGAAAUAAACUAAAAAUUGAAAGAAUUUAGAAUUAAAUUGAAAGGAAGAUGAAAAUAGAUUUUUAAUGUGAAUUUAUUUCAUUCACAAAGACGAAUUUAUAUUAGUUAGAGAAAUAGCAAAUCAGAAAACUUACAGAAGAUAUUAUAAAUAAAAUAUGGAUGUACUUUUAAAAAAAGAUUCAAAAUGAAAUUUUUGUAGUAAUGUAAAAUGAAAUAAUAAAGAUAAUAGAAAAGUAUGCUGAAAUUUGA